GAGUGCCACGCGCUUCCCUACUUUUGUCUCCCUUCUCCAGUUUUCUUCACUUGGUCUGUCCCUCCUCCAUCCUCCUCCAUGUCUUAUCUAUGUUCCCUCUUUAACAAUGUAGAGAGAGAGAGAUUGUAGAGAGAGAGAAACAGAGAGAAUGUAGAGAGAGAGAUUACUGUGAAAGCACACGAAUUCAAACAUGGUCACUUCUCCCCCCACACAACCUCAUAUCUCUUCUCACUCUCUAUCUUCCCCACUUCCCCUUCAUUCCCUGCAUAUUCUCUCUCAUCACUCUCUCUCUUCCACAUCUCUUUCUCAAACCCCACCCUCACCCAACAAGCUUCCACUCCAAUCUCAUACCCAACAAUCACACCCAAAUAAACGCAUUCCAAUUCAGCAAAUCAAGGCCCAUCAUAUCCAUGCUCAUCUCCUCAAAACUGGCCAAAUUUUCAGUCCCUACAAUGGCAACUCUCUCAUACAUGAAUACAUGCAAUCGGGCCUCACAUUGCAGGCACGUCGGGUGUUCGAUGAAAUGCCCCAAAGGAAUAUAGUUUCUUGGACCUCUGCAAUUUCAGGCUAUACCCGUAAUGGCAAGCCUGAUCAAGCCUUGGCUCUCUUCUUCCUCAUGCUGAAUUCUGGUUUUUAUCCGAAUGAAUUCGGUUUUGGAAGCCUCCUCAGAGCUUGUGUAGAGGCUCGCCAGUUUAAAACUGGGCACCAAUUGCACGGGCUCAUCGAAAAAUCAGGAUUGGGUUUGAAUGUUUUUGUGGGUAGUGCUCUAAUUGUUUUGUACUCUCGAUCCAUGUACUUAGCCAAGGCGUGUCGUGUGCUCAAUAGAAUGGAGGCUGGAGAUACGUUUGCUUGGACCUCCAUGAUUGUGGGGUACUCGAAUGGUGGGUUCUCUUUGGAGGCCCUCGAGCUCUUCUCUCAAAUGAUCGAAUCAGAGGUUAGGCCAUCAGAGUUCACUUUCACUAGUGUUCUUAAGGCCUGUGCAUCCAUGGAGGCUGUGAAACUGGGUUCCCAAGCCCAUGGUUACGCUAUAAAAUUGGGUUUCGAAGAUAAUUAUGCAGUAAGAGUCUCUCUCGCUGAUCUAUAUGCAAAGUGUGGCGACAUGUUAAAAGCUCUUAUUCUCUAUGAUCGGGCCCCUCAUGUAGAUGUAGUUUUAUGUACAGUGAUUAUAGGUGGGUAUGCUCAAAUUGGGGAUUCUGAUAAAUCCAUGGAGAUCUUUGUUGAGAUGCUGAAUUUGGGGUUGCUUCCUAAUGCUUUUACUUUGGCAAGCAUGAUCGUGGCAUGCUCCAAUAGCCAUAGAGCUCAUGGUCCUGCAAUUCAUGGCCAUGCCAUCAAAUCCAAUUGUGAUUCAAUACUUCAUGUUGAGGGGGCUCUUGUGCACAUGUAUGCCAAGAUGGGCAAGAUGGAAGAUGCAUGUAGAGUCUUCAAAAACAUGAUGCAUAAAGAUGAUGUAUCGUGUUCAUCAAUUCUAACUGGAUUUUCCCGUAAUGGAUAUGAUGCAGACGCCAUUGAAUUUUAUUGCAAGCUCCACAGGUCUGGUGUGAAACCUGAUGCUUUCUCUUUAGCAAGUGUUAUAAGCUCAUGUGCCAAGCUCUCUGACCAUGUUUAUGGACGGCAACACCAUGCCCAAGUCAUGAAACAUGGUCAUGUGUCAGAUACGUUUGUGGCUGGCACUCUUGUGGACAUGUACGCAAAGAGUGGAUUCAUAGAGGAAGCUCGUCAGAUUUUCGAUGACGUUCCAGUGAGAGAUCGAGUAUUGUGGAGUGCUAUGGUUGAUGGGUAUGCAGAACAUGGAAUGGGAAAGAAGGCUUUAAGAGUGUUUGAUGACAUGAUAGAAGGUGGCGUUCGCCCAAAUGAGGUAACAUUUGUUAGUGUACUAUACGCAUGCAGUCAUGCUGGUCUAGUGACAGAAGGCAUUCGAUACUUCGACACCAUGUUCUCUGAUCAUGGAAUUGAGCCUGUUAUGCACCAUUAUGCAUGCGUUGUUGACCUCUUAGGCCGAGCAGGUAGGUUGGAUGACGCUUUGGACUUCAUAACCAGAAUGCCUAUGCAACCAAAUGCAUUGGUUUGGAGGGCUUUGCUUGGUUCUUGCAGGAUUCACAAUAAUCUCGAAAUGGGUUUAUUUGCUGCCGAAAAUGUCCUCAAAUUGGAACCAGAAGACGAUGCCACCUAUGUACUUCUCUCCAACAUGUACGCCAUUUCAGGUAGAUGGGAUAAGGUGACUACAGUAAGAGAAAAGAUGAGAGACAGUGGCAUAAAGAAAAUGCCUGGACUUAGUUGGAUCGAGAUUGGGAGGGUUACGCAUGUGUUUGGGUCUCGAGAUGAAUCACACCCACAAAAGAAGCCGAUUUACGAAAAACUUGAUGAACUGAUUGAUUCGAUAAAAGUAGCAGGGUAUGUUCCACAAACAAGUCAUGCCCUUCAUAAUGUGGAUGAUGAAGAGAGGGAAGGAUUCCUUUGCCACCAUAGCGAGAGAAUUGCUGUGGCUUUCGGCCUUCUGAGCACAUGCGAUGGAAGUCCGAUACAAAUAUUUAAGAACCUUAGGGUGUGUGGUGACUGCCAUGAUGCUCUCAAAUACAUGUCUUUGGUUACUUGCAGGAAAAUCACUGUGAGAGAUGUUAGUAGAUUCCAUCAUUUUGCAGCGGGUGAUUGUUCUUGUGGAGACUUUUGGUAGUUGGUAAAAGGGCUGAUAAACUAACCUAAUCACUUUGUCAUUGUCUUCUGCCGCAUCUAAGUUAAAACACACGUACCCGAAUGCCCGUCCACACAUCCCAUUGAUUUGUUUGUGCAGGGUCUGUUUUGAUAGACCAGCAAGGCACCAUUUGAAUUCCCAACCAAAUUGCAAUUUGAGCCUAUUUGAAGUUUUCUCACUAGUAAUUUGACCUCAGGGAAUGUUUGAUUCGCAAACUUGAACUGAUUCCUGAUGGCAAUUGGGCUCCUGAAUUAUAGUUUUUUUAAAAAGAACUUGGACAUGUUUUUCAAAAAAUUCAAUUUGGCUCUCCCUCUCUCUUUCUCUCUCUCCACCACUACUAAUAUACCAUUACCAUACCACCACCACUAUUGGUGCCUAGCCCCCUCUACCACCGCCGCAUAGUGGCCACCACCACUACCAAUGCCUAGCAGCCACCAUCACCUUACCACUACUACCACUACUGCACGACCACCACCACUCUACCAUCUCCACUGCCGCCUACCCUCAACCACCACCACCUUUACUGCUCCAGCAUUAUUGCCACUGCCACCACCAGCAUCACCACCACCACCUCUGUCUCCACCGCUAUCAUGACUGGCCAAAUUUGAGCUCUUUGGCCAUAGGAAUUUUGAGUUGUGGCCACAAGAAGAAAAGUUGAAUGUUGUUGGAAACUUGUUCGUCAUUGGUAGACCACGCCCACAUUGUGCACUUCUCAUCAAAGUUUGUGAACCUUUGGUGGUCUGUUAACAGUUGCUAUAGAAAUGUCGCUUCCCCACGGCGGGUUGACCCCAAAUUUGAAACUUAAGCUUCUGAGCUUGUGCUUUUCUUCUAUAAGUGUUUCAACACAUUUGACGGCCGAUAUCUUAUAGCUCUUUUGUAAAUUUGGGCCUGUUGAGAGGGUUAUACCCAAUCUAGGCUCUUGAGAAAGAGAUAAAAAAGGUUUGAUACAGG